GCAGGACCCGGUUAGCGGUGUCACGUGGGGCGCCUCAGUGUUUCUUUUAGCCAAGGCGCAAGCGCAGGCCGCUGCUGCUGCGGGGAUCCUUGAGAGCCUUCCGGUCAAGACAACCAAUCCGUGUGCAGAGAAGCGGGUCGGACCGAGUGGAGCGGAGGGAGCUGCGAGAGCAGCCGCGGCAGGGGCGUGUAGAGUUGGGGGCGGCUAAGGCCGCAGUUGCAGAUAUGGCUCAGAGCAGAGACGGCGGCAACCCGUUCGCUGAGCCCAACGAGCUUGAUAACCCCUUUCAGGACCCAGCCGUGAUCCAGCACAGACCCAGUCCACAGUAUGCUACACUUGACGUCUACAACCCUUUUGAGACCCGGGAGCCACCACCAGCCUAUGAGCCUCCUGCCCCUGCCCUGUUGCCACCAUCCUCGGCUCCUUCUUUGCAGCCCUCACGAAAGCUCAGUCCCCCAGAACCCAAGAAUUACGGCUCCUACAGUACCCAGGCCUCAGCUGCAGCAGCCACAGCUGAGCUGCUGAAGAAGCAGGAGGAGCUCAACCGGAAGGCGGAGGAGCUGGACCGGAGGGAGCGAGAGCUGCAGCAUGCUGCCCUAGGGGGCACAGCUACGCGACAGAACAAUUGGCCCCCGCUACCUUCUUUUUUCCCAGUCCAGCCCUGCUUUUUCCAGGACAUCUCCAUGGAGAUCCCCCAAGAAUUUCAGAAAACAGUAUCUACCAUGUACUACCUCUGGAUGUGCAGCAUUGUUGCUCUUCUCCUGAACUUCCUCGCCUGCCUGGCCAGCUUCUGUGUGGAGACCAGCAAUGGCUCAGGCUUUGGGCUUUCCAUCCUCUGGGUCCUCCUUUUUACUCCCUGCUCCUUUGUCUGCUGGUACCGUCCCAUGUACAAGGCUUUCCGGAGUGACAGUUCAUUCAAUUUCUUCGUUUUCUUCUUCGUUUUCUUCGUCCAGGAUGUGCUUUUUGUGCUCCAGGCCAUUGGCAUUCCAGGUUGGGGGUUCAGUGGCUGGAUCUCGGCUCUGAUGGUGCUACCUGUCAACACGGCUGUAGCUGUGCUCAUGCUGCUGGUUGCCCUGCUCUUCACUGGCAUCGCUGUGCUGGGAAUUGUGAUGCUAAAGCGGAUCCACUCCCUAUACCGCCGCACAGGUGCCAGCUUUCAAAAAGCCCAACAAGAAUUUGCUGCUGGUGUCUUCUCCAACCCUGCAGUGCGAACUGCAGCUGCCAAUGCAGCCGCUGGGGCUGCUGAAAAUGCCUUCCGGGCCCCAUGAAUCCUGGCUGGAAUGCCCUGGCCCCGCCACUUGAGGGAGCCAACUUAGCCCCCAUUCCUGGGGUCUCUGGGACUUGGAGAGGCAUCACUACUUGAUGUGCCCUCUCUAGUGCCCUCAAUCCCAAGUCCUUGACUUCUGAGCCUGACUCAGGGGUGCAAGGAGCUCACUGUGACCCCAGUCACUGCUCACCACCCCAUCCCAGUGAGGCCACACUGCUACCACCUCUCACAACACCCCAAACCACCUUCCCUCUGCUGUGCCAAGGCUUUUGCUUCGGUUAUUUAAAUAAAAAAGUGGAACUGGAA